AUGAAGAGAAAGAAUCAGACCAGUGUCACAGAAUUCAUUCUUAUUGGAUUUAGCAAUCACCCUGAGCUUCAGAUACCCCUUUUCAUUGUCUUCUUCAUUGUUUACAUCAUAACUCUGACUGGAAAUCUCCUCAUCAUUCUUGCCACAACAAUGGACACCGCCCUUCAUAGCCCCAUGUAUUUUUUUCUCCGGCACCUGUCUUCCUUGGAGAUCUGUUUCAAUUUGGUCAUUGUCCCAAAGAUGCUGGUCAACUUUCUAACAGAGAACAAGACCAUCUCCUAUGCUGGCUGUGCUGCACAGAUGUAUUUCUUCUUCUUCUUUGGUGCAGCUGAGUGCUGUCUUCUUGCUGCCAUGGCGUAUGACCGUUAUGUUGCCAUCUGCAACCCAUUACGAUAUCCAGACAUUAUGAACAGAAGAGCUUGCUUCCAGCUAGCUGGUGCAUCAUGGUUCUCAGGUUUCCCUGUUUCUACUGUGCAGACAACAUGGAUAUUCAGCUUGCCAUUUUGUGGGCCCAACAGAGUCAAUCAUUUCUUUUGUGACAGUCCCCCAGUGCUAGAAUUAGCCUGUGCUGACACCUACAUGUUUGAAAUUGAGGCUCUCACAGCCACUGUGCUAUUCAUCAUGUUCCCUUUCCUGUUGAUUCUCCUCACAUAUGUCCGCAUCAUCACUACUAUCUUAAGCAUGUCCUCAGCAGAGGGGAGGCAUAAAGCCUUCUCUACAUGUUCCUCUCAUCUUUUGGUGGUUACUCUGUUUUAUGGCACAGCCACAUCUACCUACUUCAGACCUAAGUCCAGCUACUCACCAGAUACAAAGAAAAUCCUCUCCCUCUCCUACACAGUCUUCACCCCCAUGUUAAACCCCAUUAUCUACAGCCUGAGAAACAAGGAGGUAAAAGGUGCCUUGAAGAGAACAUUAGGCAGAAGAAUAUUUGCUCAGAAAUAA